UGCGGUUCGCUAGCGCUCGAGGGUUUGGAAUGCUAGACGCUCCUCCUCUCCGGCGCUUGUAGGAGGAACAGCUGGUGCUGUGAUUUCCAUUGUAGUGACGAUCAUUUCCAGCCCCAUGGAGACAUUAAAAUUAAACAUCCUAGGUAAAUUGUGAAUGUGUCAUGCCUGAAAUAAAGUCCAUGUUUCGGGAAGUCCUUCCUAAACAAGGUCAACUCUCCUUCGAGGAUGUUCCCUCAAUGGUACUCUGUAAGCCAAAGCUGCUGCCACUUAAAUCAGUAACACUUGAAAAGAUGGAGAAAAUGCAAAGGGAAGCAGAGGCAACCAUACGGCAACAGGAAUUGGCACAAAGAGAACAGCAGUAAGAUCACUUAACACAGUACUGGAUCGUAUCUGUAAAACUGACCUCAGACGUUCCAAAUAAAGCUGUAGCAAUAUUGUGAUGUUUAUUUAAAUCAAACUAUUCUUAUUUUUUAGAACUUUGGUAUUGGGUUCAAUUCAAAUGCCAGUGGUCAUUGUUAUUCACAAACUUUUUCCAAAACAGACCUUCUGUAGGGCCUUAUGUGAUACACAUAAUGAAGCAGAUAGUCUGAUUUCCAGCCCAACAAUGUAUUAUAAUGGUGUAUGGGGGAAAAAAUUAAGAGCUACAAAACUCAGGCCAAAAGUAGUCUUGUAAUGUUGGUUAGUGCUGACAUACAGGAUAAAGCUUCCAUGUUAGUUAUUCAAAUUACAUUAAAGGAUUAAAAAAACAAAUAGCUUACUGUAUUGUUCAGAUAAAAUUACAUUUUAUCUUACUUAGCUCCUACAGUCAGUGUAGCUAGAAUUCUCAGUUGAAUCAAUAAGUUAAUAGCUUUAAGCUUCAGUUCCAGACUGCAACGUAAAUCCAGUAUUUGUAGGACAUUUAAAAACUUAAACACGUGGAAUUCUGCAGAUGCUGGAACU